AUGCCGCGGCCAAGUUCGGUUGAGGAGCUCUUCACUUCUCGCGUGCGCACGCCGGCCUAUUCGUUCCUCCGCCCGAAAGUUGCUGGCACGGGCCUCGCAGAGCUUCCCGUCGAUCUCCUGCAGACCAUCGGCGCUCUGUUGCCGGCGCCGUCCUUCCGGUCGGCGCGAGCUGCGUGCACGGCGCUGCUAGACGCGCUGGCCUUCACGGCGCCCGGGCUCAAGGCGGCGAAGCAGCGCGGCGAAGCGCAGCUGUACGACUGGCAGGCCUCGAACGCGCGGCUAAUCUCUCGGGCCAUGUACCGUUGCUCCAACGGCAAGACGAGGGAUCGGGCGGGACUGCACGGAAGCGAGAGCGAGGGCAUCGUGCUCUGUGAUGCGCCGGGCGGCGGGAAGACGGUGUCGGUGCUCGCCGCGAUCGCUCGGUCGAUGCCUGCUGCAGGCCCAUGCGAGCGGCGCGCUGUUCUUGUCUUUGCGCCCAAGGUCAUUGUGCCUCAGUGGGCCGCCCAGAUCGCUCGCCACUUCGACCCCGGCGUGUCUGGGCUCGCCAUCUAUUGCGCCGACAAGGAGCUCCAUCACUACGAGGAGUCGGGCGCCCAGCGCCUCUCGACGUGGACCGGCGGAGGAGUGUACGUCGAGCAACGUCCCAGCGCGCCGCUGCCAGCGGAUCUACAGCGCUUCGACGUGCUCAUCUUCGCAAAGGAGAUGCUAUCGCUGCGCACCAACCCGUACGACACCACCGGCAAGCAGACGAAGAACGACAAGGUCGUCACCGACCUGCGCCGGUCCGCGCGCCUCUUGGUGGUCGACGAGUCUCACAACCUAAACGGCGCGACCAUCUCCAACCAGAUGCUCAACGUCGAGGCUUUCCAGCGGGUCCCCAAGCUGCUUCUCUCUGGCACGCCCGGGCGCGACCCCAAGCGGCUGUACGCGAUGCUCCGGCUGAUCGGCCACCCGUCGUGGCGCUUCAGCGGCGGAUUCCGCCCGUGGGCCGCCAAGCGUUUCGAGGAGGGCAGCCGUGUGCGGCCCGAGGCCGAGGCGCUGCUCCUCGAGGAGCUCAACGGCGCCUUCCUGCACACGCCCCGGGCGGUCAUCUUCGCGCGGCAGCAGGCCUCUGUCGAGCAUGUAGUCGAGCUGAUCGAGCCGAACGAGAUCGAGGCCGACGCGUACAACUACGCGCUCUCGCUCCACCAGCGCGAUGUGCAGCGCGCGGGCGGGCGCGGGGAGGACGGCUCUGGACGGCCUGCGGAGUGGGCAGAGCAGGCGCCAAAGGACAAGAAGAAGAAGCGCGGAGCCGAGGCCGAGUGGCUGGCUCCCUCCGCCGAGAAGACGGUGCUCGAGCUGCAGAUGGCGACCAACGGGGCGGAGAACUGGACGGUCGCGCUAUCCAAGAAGGACGCGGCGAGCCUCAAGCGCGGCGGGGCCAACGCCCACCCUUACCUGACGGGCUGUCUGGCGGGCCGUGUGCCCGCGUGCGACGCGUGCGGCCUCUUCGUGCCCGGGCUGCUGACGCGCCCCUGCGCGUGCCCCGGCGCUGUGUGCGCCGAGUGCUUUGAGGAGGAGAUUGGCUCGCGGUGGGGAGAGGCGUGCUCCGAAUGCCGGCGCCGGCGCACCAAGGGGCCGUGGAGGCGAGCCAACCCGUACUUCGACCUGCGGACCGAGGCCGAUCGCAACCACGCCGCGGACCUCGGUAGCUCGAUCCGGGUGCAGCAGCAGCAACAGCACCAACAGCACCAACCGCCGCCGCAGCAGCAGCAGCAACCGCCGCCGCCGCAGCAGCAGCACCAGCAGCAUCACUCGCGCACUUUGCUGUUCCGGCAGCCGGCGCCGCGGCACUUCGAGCCGCUGCGCGCCGUCGACGAGAGGCCGACGUUUGCGUCGCGGCCUCUGGCCGAUCUGCGGGCGGCGAUGUCCGCCCGUGGCGACACAGCCGAGGACGGUGCAAAGGUGCAACGGCUCGCCCUCUACUUGCAUCGGCUCGCACAGGAGGGCGCAAAAGUGCUCAUCGUGCCGCCGGCACACCGCGACGUGCGCGGUCUGUUUCUCGAGCGCCUCAGCCUCGCCAUCGGCGCCGACUCGCUCGCCGACCUGAACGGGCUCGAGGGCAAGGCGAAGAGCAAGCUCGAGACGGCCAAGGCGCGCUCCCCGGGCUCCCAAGGUGGGCAGGCCCUCGCCAAGUUCAAGGCGGGACGUGGGCGCUACUGGCAGUGCGCGAGCUGCGGCGCCGUCCACGAGGAGGCGACGCCUGCGUGCGCGACUCCGACCUACCUGGUGCGGCUCGAGGCGCCGGCGGGCGGGGCGCCGGCGGGCGGGGCGCCGGCGGGCGGGGCGCCGGCGGAGGCGCUUCGCUUCCGGACGGAGGUGGACCGUGUCGACGAGCUGGGAGGCCUCCUCCUCGCGCCAGGAGGCGGGCGCGCCACUCUCUACAUCGGCAACCGCGCCGUCGUCCGGAGCCAGAGCGCCGCCGGCGAGGCUGCGACCGCGCCGCGUUUCGGCACCGUCGUCGCCGAGGGGUCGUGCAGCGGCAAGCGGCCGACCGAUUGUGCGCUCCUCGUCCCGGCUGCGGCGGGUUCGUGCUUUGUGCUAGUGCUCAACGCGUCCGGCAUCGAGGGCCUUGACCUUGGCGAGGCGACGCACCUGAUCAAGACGGAGCCGAUUGCGCGCCGAGACAAGGAGCAGCAGGCGGAGGCGCGCGGGAUGCGGCUCGGCUCCGCGGGCAAGCUCAAGAUCGUGUCGAUGCUCAUGCGGGGCACCAUUGAGGAGGCGAUGCACGAGGGCUUGCUUAGGAAGCGGGCGCGGGAGGAAGCAGGCGGCGUCGCGCAGGACGGCGCAGGCGGGAGCGCCGCUCUGCUCAACGGGCUGAAGCUCCUGCGCUCCGUGGAGCACGGCCAAGGGUCUGAAGACUGA